AUGUCUUCCGGAUCGAAAUUCUCCCUCGCCGCCACAUCCCUCUUCGCCGCCGGCGCGAUGCAUGCCGGCGUUGUCCGUGACAUGGAGCAGCAGCGUAUCAAGAGAGAACGUCAACUCGACUUUGACAUGCAGCGUGCUCUGGAGGAGGAGUACAAGCGCGAGCAGAGCGUUCACAGCUCACUAGAGCCGCUAAACAAAGCUUCUGCCGGUUCGAGGUAA